CAGUGCUUGGCGGUGAUGUCGGCUUGUCCCUGGAGCGAUUCUGAGGAGUGGGAAGAUGUUUUUGAAAUGCUCUACAGUUCAGAAAUUGACCGUAAACGGAAUGGACUAUCGCGGGUUUGUGAGUGCAUUUCGUUCGUCCUCAGACGGAUUUUCUCUUCACUCAUUUCCGAUUAUUUUGCUCUAGGUGGCGGCUUGGAAAGCUCGUGGUAGUGUUCCAGCUCUAUUGGAAGUUACUGCAGAUCUUGUGAGCUGUGUGGUUCACGAGGAAGAGUGUACCCAGAAUCUUCAGUUCUGUGGGGAUGUUCUUAGGCUAAUGUGUGCUGCAGCCGUAACCAGAUUUGUAAAUGGAGUUUUUGAUGUUCACUAUGUGACAAGUUUGCCUGGCUUUAAAGACAUUAAAACAGUUUUGGGACAUUUUGGUGUGCCAUCCUACAUUGUGUCUCUACGUCACGAGUGUGUUCAUGGGAUUUUACCUUCACUGGAGUCCCUUAAAUGCGCCACAGAUUUCGGGCUGCAGUGGCUGCGUAAUAACUACUGGGAGCCACAGAUUUUGCUGAACCAGCAAAUAAGAGAGAGCAGUGAAGUGUGUGGAGAGUGGGUUCAGUUCGACAGUAACAAGACAUGGAGGGCUGAUGGUGAGAGUGAAAAAAGGAGGAAGUCUGCGAACGAAACAAAGGCUCUUCUAUCUGCCUGUUCCGUUACGUAAGUAUAUACAGUGCUGCACACAAAGAGACAGGAAUAAUCACUUUUUGAUUCUCUGGUGAUAUUCUCAGUCAUGCAGCAUGAAAUCAGCAAUGCACACACACAGCAUAUCAAAAUGAUCCCCAAUCUCUGCUGAUUAACCUGAUACGUAUCACAUGAUGUCAGCUGACACUCAUGUGACACAAUCUGCAGUAAUGGUGAAGUGGCACAGCAUUUCCAUAAGACAGGGAGUUAACACUAUGGGUGCCACGCGCCACUUAAAUGGCGCGCGCGUAAUUGCUCAGCAACGCCACGCGCCACUUUAGUGGCGCGGAAUUAUGUAUUACGUGGAU